AUGAAUGAAAUUAGGCCUGAGUCAGACUUUCAAACAUGGCUUACUUUAUUCAUGAAUUGCAUAGAUAAUGCAGAUGAACUUCCAUAUUACGUUGAAGAUUUUGUGAAAAUUGUUAAAACUCUCAGAGAAGAUCUAAAUUUAAUGAAAAAAUACAAUAUUUUAGCAGAUAAAUUCCUUCCUUUCAUUCACAAUAAUAUAUUGAUGAAGAUUCUGUCAAAUAAAUCUAUAAAUACGGAUAGCAAAAAAGUAUAUUUCGAAAUACUCUGGCAAUUUGUUCAAAUUAUCAGAGUUGAAUUCGAUUAUCACUACAGUGCAAUUCCGAAAAUCAUUACAUCUAUUUUUAAUUCAGAAAACGCCAUUUAUAAAGCAAAUCCGAAAUUAUAUCCCACUCUUCAACAAAAGAUGAUAGAUAACACAGAUUUUCAUUAUAUAAUGUCGAAAGUGAAUACAUAUGACCUGCAAACUCUUGUCGCUUUAUCAAAUUUUGCCUUUGAAUUUUUUUAUAAGUACAAAAGCAACCAGCAUUCAGACAUGGCACUGCAAAUUCUCAACAGGCUAUACGAAAUAAUGAAAACCCAAUCACGUGUUAACAUCAAAGACAGUUUGUCAACAAUUAUUGAUAAAUUUAUUUCAUUAAUGAAAGAAAACAAGCUGUUUUUAAUAGAGCCAAUAAACUUACUAUACAAGAUAUUUACUUACGAACUCGCUUCUGAUAACAUAAUCCAUCAUAACAGUGGAAUUCAAUUAUUUUUCAAAGUUUUAACGAUACCUAUAGGUAAAGAAGGUCAUCAGAAGCUUAUAAACGACAACAAAUCGAUGGAAUACCUGUUCAAAAUCCCUUUCAGGGCCGAAUAUAUACAAAAUUUGAAAGUAUUGUACUCAAAACUCUCUGUUUGCGGCUAUUUAAGGGACUACAUUGAUGAAUUCUGGAAACUCUCCAACGAAGACUUCUUUCUCGACCUCCUUUUCGUUGUUUACCACUUUUCAAGUGUUGAUGACUUAAAUUUACAUUUGGUUAAUUUUCUGAAACUCAAAAAAGAUGAAAAAUGGGUUGAAACAGCGACCAAAAUCAUCAACGAAAAUAAAAAUAGACAAAAUGCCAUAGAUUUAAUUUUGAAUGGUUUACAAAACGAUGAGAAAAAAUUUCCCGAUUUUGUCAAAAUUUUCAAAAGCAAAUUAUUGGCGGAGAAAGCAUCAGAAGAAGAUUUCCUUAACACUGUUGACACAAUUAUUCAAUACAAAAAAAUUAAUAUUAGUACUUGUCACUUUUUGUCCGUUUUAUUAUCGAAAUACAAUAUUUUAGACAAAAAGAAAUGUUCAGAGCUUGAAUUAAUUGUAUUUGAAUUCUUUUGUCACAUGAAAACAGAAGAUGACACUGUUCUUGAUUGUUUAAUUUUGUUUGUUACGAAACAAAUGAUGCCAGUAAGUUCUGAGUUGGUUUAUGGUUUAAUUUCUAUUGCAAGCCAAUUCGAUUCAAUGAAAAUGUUUGCGAAAAUAAUGGAUUUCGUCAAAAAUGUUCCUUUUAAAACGGUUUUAAUUGUUUUGAUGAUGGAUUCAAUUCCGGUUUCAAAAAGUUUGUCACUUUUUAUAGAAAAUGUUAUUUACAAACCGAAUUUAGAUAGAACAGAAUACUUGAUUGGCAUGGAAAUGUCAUGUAGUUAUAUUUGUAGGAGCAGGGAAUUGUUUGGAUUUAAUUUUUUGCAUUAUUUAUCGAUGAAUUCGAAAGAUCAAGAUUUUUUACUUGCUGCAGUUGUUUGUUUCCAAAAAUAUAUUUUGGAAGAUGAUUGUUUGACUAUUUUCAUUUUAUUCUUACUUGACUACAUGGCUGAUAUACCUUUCCAAAAGACUUUGGUUCCAAUGGCUUUGUAUGAUAAUCUGAAUUCAAUAGAAGUGACGGUUAUGUCAGAUUUAGACAAAAAACAGUCUUUUUAUUAUAUUUUUGUGAAAUAUACUUAUAUAAGAAACGUUUUUGUUUCUGCUGUUGAUUAUUUCGGUUAUGACACAACGAAUUAUUCUAUUUUCUUAAAUGGAAAGAUUUGUGACUUAGAUUUGCCUUUGUCAGAAUUGAAAAAGUCGUCACUCGUUUUUACGAUACAAAAAGUGACAAAUAAUUUUAAUGUAAUUCCUCGCACGAUAGAUUUAUCUAGAAUGGUUAUUCAAGUUAACAUUUAUGAAUUUUUAGUUCAAAAUUUGUCAACGAAAAAUCAAUAUUUAUUGUUGCAAAAUUUACCUGUUUCUGAAAAACAUGUUACAACAUUAUUAGCAUGCCAAGACUUGUCAGAGAUUUUUCCUCUUGAUAGACCUUAUUUGUUAUUAUAUAAUUUUACAAUUUUGACUUCAGAUUUGGUAAAAUUGUCAGAUUUUUUGGAAAAAUCGAUUCCAAAAUUUAUUGUUGACAAUUUGAACAAUUUCUCUGAUGAUUUAAUGAUAGACAAAUGUCUCAGAGUGUUACCAACAUAUUUACCUCUUCUUGAUCAAAAGGAAUUGUUUGAAAAACUUAUGAAAUUGCCAAUGAAAUUUUCAAAAUUGUUGACAAAAAUUAUUCCUGUAAUGGAUGAAUCGAAAAUCAACAUCAAGUCAUUAUUAUACUCUUUGGCAAUGAAUGAUUCUGAUGACGCAAAGUUUUUCGAACAAAUUUUAUCGUCUUUUCCGAUUCCUGUCACUUUUUAUUCUGAAAUUUCGUCAAAAAUCAACAAAGUUCCAAAUGACAGAUUUUUCAGUUCACUUUUGACACAUAUUGUUGUUCCGACUAUAGAUUUAAUGGAUUUAUUUGAUACAGUUCUUUAUAAUGAUUUUUAUAGUUUCAGCAGUUUAGAAUUUGUUUCAAAAUUUUUAGAACAAAAAUUUAUAACGAAAAAAGAUAAAAUCAAAGUUACUGAGUAUUUAUCCAGAACAUUCUUCAAUUUCUCGAAGACAUUGGGUGACGAAAUUGAUUCUUCUUUGUUUAUUUCGUUUUGGAACAUCGUUCUUCAAGUUUGUGAUGAUUUGAAAGAUGUUCUUUACAAAACCGUCAAUUUAAUUAUGAAAGAUUUUGGAAUUGAAGGCGAAAAAGUUGUUUUAAGGAAGCCUGGAUUGAAAUGCGGACUUAUUAAUAAUGGACAUAAUUGUUUUAUGAAUGCUACAUUGCAAUGUUUAUGUUGUUGUUGCCAAUUCUUAUCUUUAAUGCUUGAUAAUGUUUUUUCUGAAGGAAUUAAUGUAUUAUUACAGAAUAUUGUUGAAAAAAUGACAUUUUCUAAUGAAUUAUAUUUAGAAACGAAAUCAUUUUGUUCAAUUUGGGACCAAACUAAUUAUUUGAAGUCGAAUUUACCACAAGAUGCAGCAGAGUUUCUUUCUGAAAUGUUUAAUUACUUGGAAAUUGAUGUCGGCGAGAAAAACUUUGAAAAAUAUUUCACAACAAAAAUUGACGUGAAAAUUAAAACAGAUGAUAAUAAGAUUCUUUCUGAAAGUACAGAGAAAAUGAUAAUGAUUCCAGUGAAUUUGAAUUCAGACAUCUUUACAAGUCUCAAAGAAUUGUACAAACCACAGAGAAUUAAGUAUAAUUAUAAUGGAAAAACUGUUGAUGCAGUUUUAACUAAAACUUAUGAGAGUUUGCCUGAUAUUUUCAUUGUUCAAUUGAAGAGAUUCGAAUAUGAUCAUAAGACAGGAAAAAGAAUAAAAUUAAAUGACAAAGUUGAAAUCAAAAAACAGUUUUCUUUUGGUGAUAAAACAUAUAAUUUACAAGCCGUCGCUUUGCAUCAUGGAAGUAUUGACAAUGGACAUUAUACAGCUGCUGUUAGAAAUGUUAAAAAUUAUUACUAUUGCAAUGACUACAAAGUUGAAAGGGUUAAUGAUUUUGAAAUCAAAGGAGAACCAUAUUUGUUGUUCUACACUUGUUACGAAGAAGAUUACACGUAUUUAGUACAAAUAAAGAAGAGAAACAUGUUGAGGAACCUCGAUUUGAAUAUUUCAAGGGUUUUAUUGACAAAGAAUUUCUAUAAAAUCAUGAGAUAUUACGCGAAGAAACCUGAGAUCGAAUACAACAUUGUUGCCUUAAAAUACUUCUUUAAUUUGUCUUGUCAUUACUUGCCGAGUUACAACAUAGAACUUGGUAAUUUAUUGAUGGAAUCAUUGUUAACGAAAAGUGAAUUGAGAUUGUCAAUGAUGCAGGAAUUUUCUUCUUUGGAUUUCGUGAAUUCUUUGAUUGCUUGUCCAACAAAAGAAAUUAGAAAUUCAACAGCAACUUUGUUGACUGUUUUCUUCAGCGAUUUGCACUUGAUAGAUGAUGUUCAGUUGUUUGUUUCCGCUACUUACAAAAACUUUGAAAUAUAUACGAAUAACUUGGAAGAAAUUACUUCUGUAUUGAAUUCUCUUUUGGCUUAUGAUGACGUCAAAGAGAAAAUAAUCCAAUGGAAGGUAAAUCAAUACAUAGAAAAGGCUGUUUUGGUAACAACAGGUCCUGCAAACAACAUGAUAAAGUUCUUGACUGUUGUACAUCCAACACAGUCUUUCCUUUCUCAGCUCUCUCCAAUUUUACAGACAUUGGUAAGCAACGGAACAAAACAAGAAUAUUUAAGGGAAUUAAUCGAUGAAUGCGCUAAAAGCCGUGAAAAGAUUGUCAAGGAAUAA